AUGCAUUCCACCCCCUCCCUCGUCUUCUCCCUCGGCCUCCUCCUCCCGCUCUUCCACCCUGCCACGGCGUGGGGCUCUCUGGGCCACCGCACCGUGGCGUACCUGGCGUCGACGUACUUCACGGCCGAGUCGACGCGCAUGACGAACCAGCUGCUCCACGGCCAGGACAUCUCGGAGGCGGCGCUGUUCCCGGACAAGGUGCGCCACAUGCCGCAGUUCGCGUACACGCGGGGGUGGCACUACAUCGACGCGCAGGACGCGCCGCCGCAGCAGUGCGGGAUCAACAUGACGCGGGACUGCGCCCUGGGAGGUGGCUGCGUGGUCAGCGCCAUCGCCAAUCACACGGCCCGCGUCGCCGACCCGGCGUUGCCGCCCGCCCUGCGCGGCCAGAGCCUGCGCUUCAUGAUGCACUUCUUCGGCGACGUGCACCAGCCGCUGCACACCGAGGCCGAGGACCGCGGCGGCAACGAGUACGCCGUGCUCUUUGACGGCCGCCACACCAACCUGCACAGCGUGUGGGACACGCUCAUCCCGAACAAGUACGCGGGGCCGGGCCACCACGGCGACGACGACGACGACGACGACGAAUUCGCCGCCGCGUGGCUGUGGGCGCACCAGCUCUCCGACGCGGCGACGGCGGCGGAAGAGGGAAAGGGAGAGGGAGAAUGCCUGCACGACGCGGCAGCCUGCGCUCUGUCCUGGGCCGGCGAGGCGAACAGCUACGUGUGCUCCUACGUGCUGGCCCACGACGUCCACAACCAGGACCUCGGCGGGGCCUACUACGACGGCGCCGUCCCGGUCAUCAACCACCUGGUCCAGAAGGCCGGACGGAGACUGGCCGCUUGGAUCAACGCGAUAUCUGUGAAUUACACGCCUAGCCACCACCACGUCGUGGAGGCUGAUUUGGACGUCGAGCAAGCAAGAAUACUACAGAUCCAGUGA